GAGUGCUUUCGGGGGCAUCCCAUGAAGCACUCAACCAAAACUGCUCACAAAACACUCACUCACAUACGCAUGCAAAGUAAAACUGACACACUCACACACACAACUCAGAUGAAAUGUGGUGAUGGAAAGAAAUGUUGUGAAACAAAACCACUUGAAGACAUUUUCGACUUUUUUGCCCUCCUUUCUGCUGUUGUGGUUGCUGCUGUUGUUGUUGUUACUAAAAAAACUAAUUUAAUUAACAGCCAUGAAGAAGUUGUCCUCAAUUACGGCCAAUGGACAGCACAGAACAGAACAGAACCGAAAUCAUCGAAGAGAAGAGACCAGAAGACGCAGUAGGGGAGAUCUUGUGAAAGUGCAAAUGGUUGGCAGCGGUGAAGAGUGGCUUUCUUCUUUUGUUUGGGGCGUAACGGAAUGGACUUCUACCAAAGCCAAUCAAGUUGGUGUGUCUGUGGGUGUGGUGCGACAGAAACGCCGUUUAAAGUGCGUGUCAACCGAGUCUACCACACACAGGGCCAACAUUGUUGGCGAGUGAAUGUGUGUUUUAUGUCGAAAGUCGUCUUCGAGUGUGUGUGCGUGAGAGUGUGUGGUCGAAUCGCUUAAUUCCAUUUGGUUUUUCGGUCAGGAAGCAUACCACACUGCAUCAAAGUUCCAGCCAAAGUUCUUCAAUUGCAAAACAAAGAAGGCCAUGAAAUUGACAAAAGUGUUGAAGUUGAGUGGGGCCAUGGCCCUCCUGCUUGUUGUGUGUCCACUAAAAUAUCACCUCUGUGAUGCGGCCUCUGGAUGGGUGGACAUUGAAGCCGACCACCAAAAGGUCGCCUCAAAAGCAGACAAUGUAAAUGGAAUUGAUUUGCACAAUGUUAGUGUCAGCGACAACACCCGCACCACUGCCAGUGGUCGCCACAGUAUUGUCGAUGCUGAUGAGAUUCAUUCGAGGGCUAAACGUUUCAUUGCCUUCCCUGUGGGUUCGUCAUUUUCCACUGCUGUUUGCCUGACCACUGGUGUCAUUGGCAACCCCAACUACCAGUAUCUCAGUAUGGGCCUGAAUUGGGGCAUAGCCUAUGACUUGCCCAAUUCCACAUGGGUCUUGGAGCAUGCCAAAGGCUUUGGGGCAAAAGAUGAUAAAGGCGCCCUAAUAAAGCGACGCCAUCGAAGAGAUCUCUAUGGGAAAUUGGAGACCCUUAUAACUGGGUAAGUUCGUGAGUUGUGGUCAUCUUCGUCGUCACCAGAGCCACCUAUCCCACAACACACACUCUCAUCGUCAUCAUCAUCAUCAUCGCCGUCGUCCUCGGUAUCGUCGAAAUCAUCGUCAAUGUCAUUGCAGCAACGUUUACUUUCUCGUCCGAAGCGAUAUCUUUCGUUUCCGGAAGGAGCAUCCUUUUCUGUGGCGGUUUGUUUCACUGUCGGCAUUAUUGGAAACCCGCGAUUCAAUUACAUGGCUUUUGGCCUCAAUUGGGGUGUUGCCUAUGAUCUGCCCAACACCACAUGGAUUUUAAAUCAUUUGCACGGCUUUGCCAAACGUCCCAUACCCGUGGCCAUGUGGCAUCGAAGAUCACGCCGAGCUCUGUAUAAUGAAAUUGAAAGCUUCGUAGAUAACAUGGGCUACAAUGGUCGCGAUUGUGUUCUAAGGGCGUUGUGUGAAAGUCGCCAAUAUUUCCAGAACACCAAAAUGGGCAUGAUUGGAGAAAUGUUGCGUGCUAUAUUCAGUCUCCCCAAGCAGCGUAUUUACAGACGUGAACUCGAUGAGGACUCUGAUAUGCCUGUUUAUGAUAGAGCCUAUCGUAGAGCACGCUCUGCAGACUCCUUUGUGGACUGUUCGAGCCAAUAUGACUGUAGCUUUUCCCUGCUGGAAUUGGCUUUUGGCAAAUAUUCAACCCCACCCCCAGGCUACUAUGAACAUCACUGAGAUAUGGAUGGCUUACUAAUGACACAAUA